ACGAGGGGAAUAGACGCGACAAUGGCCACGACGAUAGGUCAUGCACGUCCGGACCAGAUAGAGGGGAAGCAGAUCGUCGGCAACAAGCGGACGAUCUCAGUGGACAGGCUCCAGACCCUCAUUGACUCGGUCUACCUGGAACCAGAAGCUCCCUUCGAAGACCGGUUGUUGUCUUCCAUGAACGAGGUUCAGGUUUCUUCAGAUUCGCAGGGCCGAUCUGCUGGGAGCUACAGGAUCAAAUACCAGUCCAGCAUCAAGAAGAACGAGAAAUUCACCGGAGUAAAGUUCUCAUUGUUUCAGAAACGCCGUGCGUACAAUCGUGCCCUUGGCCUGACUGCAAGCCAGUGAUGUCGUUUCAAUGGAGAUCCUGAAGCGCAGCGACUCAUUUUAACAAUAAAUUUUGAGCAACUCAAGAACAAUCAUCGUAUUGAUAGAGUAUCGAAUACUAGUUUCUGUCGGAUAUUUGUACUGUAGGUCAAGCCCUCAAUCAAAGAGACUUGUUUUGGUUUAUUUUGUUUCAGUUUUAAAGCAAACCUCACUUUG